GUGUUGAGAGUAAUGUUACCAGCGUUGAGAGUGUGAGGAGGCUGCGUAUCGAUCCCGCUCUCACAGCCAUUGCGGUGCACCGGGCUACACAGGGACCCAGGCAGCGCUGGGGCCGGGCGGGCGGCCGGGGUAGCGUCUCUGGGGCUCGGGGCCGAGCGAGGGCUGCGUGCCGACUCUGACACGGAAAAUCAUCAAAAAUGGGCAAAGGCGAUCCUAAGAAGCCGAGAGGUAAAAUGUCUUCAUACGCCUUCUUUGUGCAAACCUGCCGGGAGGAGCACAAGAAGAAACAUCCAGAUGCUUCAGUGAACUUUUCAGAGUUCUCAAAAAAAUGCUCAGAACGAUGGAAGACUAUGUCUUCUAAGGAGAAAGGGAAGUUUGAAGAUAUGGCAAAGGCUGACAAACUUCGUUAUGAAAAAGAAAUGAAAAACUAUGUACCACCUAAGGGGGAAACAAAAAAGAAGUUCAAGGAUCCAAAUGCACCGAAGAGGCCUCCUUCGGCUUUUUUCUUGUUUUGCUCUGAGUUUCGUCCAAAAAUCAAAGGAGAACAUCCCGGUCUGUCCAUCGGGGAUGUUGCAAAGAAACUGGGAGAGAUGUGGAACAACACCGCUGCAGAUGAUAAACAGCCUUAUGAAAAAAAGGCUGCUAAACUGAAGGAGAAGUAUGAAAAGGAUAUUGCUGCAUACCGGGCCAAAGGGAAGGUCGAUGCAGGCAAAAAAGUAGUUGCCAAGGCCGAGAAGAGCAAGAAGAAGAAGGAGGAGGAGGAAGACGAGGACGAAGAUGAAGAGGAUGAAGAUGAUGAAGAAGAGGAAGAGGAGGAGGAUGAAGAUGAUGAUGAUGAUGAAUAAGUCUCUUUUAGAGCAAUUUCUUUCUUGUCUAUAAAGCAUUUAACCCCCCUGUACACAACUCACUCCUUUUAAAGAAAAAAAAAAAAAUUGAAAUGUAAGGCUGUGUAAGAUUUGUUUUUAAACUGUACAGUGUCUCUUUUUUUGUAUAGUUAACACACUACCGAAUGUGUCUUUAGAUAGCCCUGUCCUUAGUGGUAUUUCAAUGGCCACUAACCUUGCCUGGUACAGUGUGGGGGUUGUAAAUUGGCAUGGGAGUUUUAAAGCAGGUUCUUGUUGGUGCACAGCACAAAUUAGUUAUACGAGGGGAUGUAGUUCAUUUCUCAUCUUCAGUUGUCUCUGAUGCAUCAUAAAAAAUAAUUGUUGUUCUGUUAACUGAAUACCACUCUGUAAUUGCAAAAAGGAAAAAAAAAAAGUUGCAGCUGUUUUGUUGACAUUCUGAAUGCUUCAAAGUAAAUACAAUUUUUUUUUUAUUA